GCAGAGGGUCCUUUCGCUUGUUGUCGCAGCCGGUGGCUCUGGAACAUUCUGAAGCGCGGAGGCGAUUACAAUUAACGGAGAUAGAACUGAGACCGAAUCCGAAGCCAUCCGAUAUAAGGCGACACUCCAGGGGAUCCGGCAUUCAUCCGUUCCCAUCCUUUAACCAUCUUUAACAUUUGUAAACUAAAAUAAAUAAUCAUGCCCGAAGCCAUCGCAGCCCCAAGAGCCUCCGGUGGGAAAAACAAAGGGGGUACCUAUGUAGACCGAGAUAAGCCGGCCCAAAUUCGGUUCAGUAACAUUUCCGCUGGAAAAGCUGUCGCCGAUGCCAUCAGGACCAGCCUGGGACCCAAGGGCAUGGACAAAAUGAUCCAGGAUGGCAAGGGUGACGUCACCAUCACAAACGAUGGAGCCACUAUCCUCAAGCAGAUGCAGGUUCUCCAUCCAGCAGCUAAAAUGCUGGUGGAGCUGUCUAAGGCCCAGGACAUUGAGGCUGGGGAUGGCACCACCUCUGUGGUUGUGAUCGCUGGCGCGCUGCUCGAUGCCUGUGCCAAGCUGCUCCAGAAAGGCAUCCACCCCACCACCAUCUCCGAGUCCUUCCAGAAGGCGGUGGACAAGGGCGUGGAGGUGCUGACCAGCAUGAGCCAGCCCGUGUUGCUGAGCGACCGGGAGACGCUGCUCAACAGCGCCACCACCUCGCUGUGCUCGAAGGUGGUAUCGCAGUACUCCAGCCUGCUGGCGCCCAUGAGCGUGGACGCGGUCAUGAGGGUCAUCGAUCCUGCCACCGCCACCGGCGUCGACCUGCGCGACAUCAACAUCGUCAAGAAGCUGGGAGGGACCAUCGAUGACUGCGAGCUGGUGGACGGACUGGUGCUGACCCAAAGGGUGGCCAACUCUGGCGUCUCGCGCGUGGAGAAGGCCAGGAUCGGCCUCAUCCAGUUCUGCCUGUCCCCCCCGAAGACUGACAUGGACAACCAGAUCGUGGUGUCGGACUACGCGCAGAUGGACAGGGUCCUGCGUGAGGAGAGGGCCUACAUCCUCAACCUGGUCAAACAGAUUAAGAAAGCCGGCUGCAACCUGUUACUCAUUCAGAAAUCCAUCCUCAGAGAUGCCCUCAGUGAUCUGGCCCUGCACUUCUUAAACAAGAUGAAGAUCAUGGUCAUCAAGGACAUUGAGAGGGAGGACAUUGAGUUCAUCUGCAAGACUCUAGGAACCAAGCCCAUUGCCCACAUCGACCAGUUCACCCCGGAAAUGCUGGGCUCUGCAGAACUGGCUGAAGAAGUCAGUCUGGAUGGAUCUGGCAAGCUGAUCAAGAUCACGGGCUGCUCCAGCCCUGGGAAGACGGUGAGCAUCGUGGUGCGCGGCUCCAACAAGCUGGUGAUCGAGGAGGCCGAGCGCUCCAUCCACGACGCUCUGUGCGUCAUCCGCUGCCUGGUGAAGAAAAGAGCCCUGAUCGCGGGGGGCGGGGCCCCGGAGAUCGAGCUGGCGCUGCGGCUGGCGGAGUACGCCCGCACGCUGAGCGGCAUGGAGGCCUACUGCGUCCGCGCCUACGCCGACGCCCUGGAGGUGGUGCCCUCCACGCUGGCCGAGAACGCCGGCCUCAACCCCAUCUCCACGGUUACCGAGCUGCGCAACAGACACGCCCAGGGGGAGAAGACCGCCGGGAUCAACGUCCGCAAGGGGGGCAUUUCCAACAUCCUGGAGGAGCUGGUGGUCCAGCCCCUGCUGGUGUCCAUCAGCGCCCUGACCCUCUCCACGGAGACGGUCCGCAGCAUCCUCAAGAUCGACGACGUGGUGAACACUCGGUAAGGAGUGAAGGUGGCGUUGUGAGGAGAUGGGUUUGGAAACACCUGUUGUGUGCUGCGUACCUCCUGGUCCUUCAGUGUGUUUGUUAAGGCUCCUGUUCAGGUGCCAUCUGUACUCGUCACAUAAUUUAAUAAACUGUCUUUUGAAACGAGGAAACAAA